CCCCAGAUUCUGAUGGCCUUUACCAUCGGUCUCAUGGAGAAUGUCUACAAGAAGGUCGCUGUCUGGCUCAACGAAUUCGAGAACUAUAGACUGGAGGAGAGCUACCAGAACCACCUGAUGUGAAACUGGCGUUGUUUCAGUUCGUAAAUUCCUUCGCCUCAUUAUUCUACAUUGCCUUCUAUCUGCAAGACAUGGAGCGGCUAAAGAAGCAACUUGGAACCCUUCUGAUCAUCCGGCAAGUGGUGGGUAAUAUCAAGGAAUCUCUAAUCCCAUUCCUGAAAGGCCAAAUGAAACUGGCCCAAAUGAGCUUCGCCAUGUUCGGCGCCGUCUCGCCGUCUAUGGAGGAGAAGCCGAAGCUCGACGCCAGCCCAGCGCCUGAAGAUGGCAGCACUUCGCCCCGCUCCGACGCCGGACGCCAGGCAAGAAACAUCAGCCAAGCUGAAAUUGAGUCGGCAAUGCCGCAGUACGACGGCACGUUUGAGGACUACCUGGAGAUGUUCAUCCAGUUCGGCUACGUCAUCCUGUUCUCGUCGGCCUUCCCGCUGGCCGCCUUCUGCGCCCUGCUCAACAACGUGAUUGAGAUUCGCAGCGACGCCUUCAAGCUAUGCGCCAUCUUCCAGCGGCCGUUCGGCCAGAGGGCGCGCAACAUCGGCACGUGGCAGGACGCCAUGGAGGUGAUGGGCGUGGUGGGCGUGAUCGUCAACUGCGCGCUGAUCGGCAUGUCGGGCCCCGUGCACCGGCUCUUCCCCGACAUCUCCACCACGCAGACUGUGCUGCUGGUCAUCGUGCUGGAGCACGCGCUGCUGCUGCUGAAGCUGCUGGUGGCCUACGCCAUCCCGGACACGCCGGCUUGGCUGCAGGCCGAGAUCGCCAAGAUCGAGUUCAACAGACGCGAGGUCCACAAGCGCUCGCUGUCGUUCGGGUCCAGCUUCUCGUCGGUGGACUCGAGUCCGCAGCACCGCGGGUCGUGGGCGGCGGAGCAGGCGGACGCCGGCUGCCGCGUCGCGGCGGCGGCGGCGGCGCGGCCCGAGCUGUCGCGGCGACUGACGGAAGAGGUGGAGGAGACGCCGCCGCAGCCGGCUAUGGGCGAGUUGAGUGUGCUGGACCCGGACCAGCUGGUGCUGCUGUCCGACAUCCAGAACAACGACCCGCAGGCCUGA